GCCCCCGCUCUUCAUACUUCCCCUCCCCCGAGCACGACGCUGGGGACUAGCGCCCAGCCCCGCCCCGGCCUCCCCACCGCCUCCACGGGCGGCUGGAGGAGCCGGAGGCGGGCGAGGGGCGGGUUAAAAGCGGCGGCAGGUGAACGGGGAGGGACCUUAAAGCGGCGGGGCGGCGAGGCUGGGACCGGCCGCUUCUCGGGCACCCCCGGACCCGCGUUGAGCCCCAGCCGGGAACUCUAAGCGGUGGGGCUGACCUCCCCCCCGCGGCUGUGGGCACCGCUGAGGUGAGGGGCGCGGCGGGACCGGGUGAGCCGGCAGCGAGGGAGGCCGUUUCUCUCUUUGUAAGUACGUUAUGUGAAGUACUCGACCAGCUAAAACACCAAGUGAAAUACAGGCUUCCGCAAUUACAGGUCAGACGGUUAAAACAAGACAAUGGAUUGGGGAGCUCUGCAUACCAUUUUAGGAGGCGUAAAUAAACACUCCACCAGUAUCGGGAAGAUAUGGCUCACAGUCCUGUUCAUCUUCCGUAUCAUGAUCCUGGUUGUGGCUGCAGAGAGAGUUUGGGGAGACGAACAAGAUGAUUUUGUCUGCAACACGCUUCAGCCUGGGUGCAAGAAUGUUUGCUAUGAUCACUUCUUCCCCAUCUCUCACAUCAGACUCUGGGCCCUGCAGCUGAUCUUUGUUUCCACACCUGCGCUGCUGGUGGCCAUGCACGUAGCUUACAGGAGGCACGAGAAGAAAAGGCAGUUCAGAAAGGGAGACCAGAAAUGCGAAUACAAGGACAUUGAAGAAAUCAGAAAACAGAGGUUUCAUAUUGAGGGCACCUUGUGGUGGACAUACACUAGCAGCAUCUUCUUCAGGCUGGUCUUUGAAGCAGUCUUCAUGUAUGCAUUUUAUUUCAUGUACGAUGGGUUCCGAAUGCCUCGCUUAAUGAAGUGUAAUGCUUGGCCCUGCCCCAACACCGUAGACUGCUUUGUUUCUCGACCUACUGAAAAGACGGUGUUCACUAUUUUCAUGAUUGCUGUGUCCAGCAUUUGUAUUCUUUUAAAUGUGGCUGAAUUAUGUUACUUACUGACAAAAUUUUUCCUCAGAAGGUCUAAAAAAGCUGGAAAUCCAAAACAUCACCCCAACCACGAGAAUAAGGAAGAAACCAAGCAAAAUGAAAUGAAUGAGUUAAUAUCUGAUAGUUGUCAGAACACAGUUAUAGGAUUUUCAAGUAGCUAAGGUGGUAUCAAUGCUGGUGUUCACUCUUUUUGGAGUGAAUGUUCUUUGUUUAAAGGCUGCAAACAAAAUUUGUUAUAUGAAACAAUUUAGGUUGGGCGAGACUUUGAUGCAUAGUGUCAGAUGUCAAUUAUGCAUGUGUCUGAAAAAAGGGCAGCCUAAACAUGUGAAAAUUGUGUGAGGAUUAAAUAGGAAAGUGUAUCUUCCUAUGAGUAUUCUUACAAGCUGACCAUGACAAGUGGGAAAUCUACUAAUACCUUUGAAAACUACACGCAAGAGCAAUAAGAACAAAAUUCUUUCCAAGCUAGAUAUUCUAGUGUUACAAGAUGUUUUGUAAUAGUGAUAGUUUUUAUUUGUGAACUGACAAUUAAAAUAUUUUUCUAAAAUCUAAGAUUCCAUGUUACUUAAGGUGUUAUAGUACACAACUGAGUGUGUUUUUUGUUUCUUAACCAGGCGUAUGCAGAUGAACCCUGUAAUACCACAUCCAUAGGGAGGAGACAGCGAUAGGCUACAUCUUUACAGCUUUGCAAGCGCUGCUUCAGUGUGGACAGGUAGCUUGAGACAUUUGCGCACACACUGCUGGUCGUAGGGGAAGCUUUGUGAAAACCCAACGUCAUGUAGUGUGGAUAAUUGAGGUAGCAGCUCCUGAGUGCAAAGUCAUGCCUAAAACCAGCAUGAGAAUGUAGAUACAGCCUGAGUAGACUUGCUUUAAACAUCUAGCAGAUCUGGUAAUUAUACCAAUCUUUUGAUUGCAUACUGCCAGUUUUAUAGCAACAUACAUAACUUUAUGUAAAUGUUUGUCUCUAAUGUAUUAGCUGUAUUUGUUUCUUUAUGCUAUAUCACAUCAUGGAACUUUUUUGGUUUUGAUUUGUUUGCUUUUUUGUGGUAGACUGAUGGUGCUGUUAUGGAACUAGGGGCUCUUUGGUUUGAAGGACAUGGAAAAGUAAAAACACUGGAAACAGAACAAGUCUUCUGAAUAAAAGGCAAACACUUUAACCUUU